AUGUUCCGCCGAAAAAGUAAAAAAACUAAAAUCGAAAAGGCGCAUAAACUACUGCCACCUAAAUCACUGUCCGAGAAUGGUGAAGGAGACAAUCCUGUCGCACAAAUGGCUCAAUCAAUAAGACUCGACAAAGACUACAAACACCACCGCUCCCUAGCCACUCAAAUAAAAAUUUGGUGGCAUAGAACAUUUAUUAAUCCUCGAAAAGCCAGCAAGGAUACUGAUACCACACCAUUAACCUCAAGACUAGCUCAACAGGAACUUAGCAUUUUCUUGAGUAAUGGUGAUCAUCAAUGUGAAGAUUACCCAUCACACUUCUUAGAGGAAACUAAAGCCGCCACAAUUGGAAGUCGUUUAGAUCUAGACAAGUUGGUGAAGGAUAACACGCAAGGAAUUCUUUCGGAGGAUUCCUUGGAGAGCCUGGAAUUCGAAAUGUAUGAAAGAAAUUUCCAGCUGGCUCCGUAUGAAUCACAACCCAACGGUGACUUCCGUGACCAAUGGUAA